AUGAUGGAUUUGGUUGUCAAUGCCAGGGAUUUGUUCAACGCUCAGCCAAUGAUGUUGGAAUGCACAGCGCCUGUAAACAUCUGCGGUGACAUACACGGCCAACUAAGCGAUUUACUUCGAAUAUUCAAUAUGAUUGGAUGGCCUCCAACAGUGAAUUACUUGUUUCUCGGUGAUUACAUCGACCGUGGGCAAUGGAGCCUAGAAACUAUAUUGCUUUUAUUCUCAUUAAAACUGAAAUUCCCUGACAAUUUCCUUCUCAUUCGCGGUAACCACGAAACACCGAUCGUUAACAGAAUCUAUGGCUUCUAUGAGGACCUCGUACGUCGCUUCGGUACACCUCGCCUCUACAACGUCUUCCAGGAAGUUUUCGCAGUGAUGCCGUUGACAGCAGUGGUGGCAGAUAGAAUUCUUUGUAUGCAUGGUGGCCUGUCGCCAUCGCUUCUCACUGCACCUUCUCUUUCCAUUCUUAAUGAUAUCCGUCGUCCAAUUCAAGAUCCUCCAAAUCCAUCAUUGCCGCUAGAUCUUCUUUGGGCUGAUCCCGACAUCCACGUUAAGCAGUUCAAAUUUAGCAUAAGAGGUGUUAGCUGUACGUUUGGGCCGGAUGUCGUGCAGACGGUACUUGACAGAUAUGGACUGGACUGCAUUGUCAGAGCCCAUCAGGUAGUACAAGAUGGCUAUGAGUUUUUCUCGAAUCGAAAGCUGAUCACCAUCUUCUCAGCUCCGCAUUAUUGUGGACAAUUCGAUAACGCCGCCGCCGUCAUGGUCGUCGGCCCGGACCUGCAGUGCUCAUUUCGGAUUCUUCGACCACAGUUUCCGGGCAGAGCGGUCAAAGUUGCGGAGCCGAGAGAGGUUACUGUAUAUGGUAAACUGCGGUAA